CGGGUAAUGUGGGAAGGACUUCUGAAAAGAUGGCGGCGUCCUCUUCGGCAGGACGCCUUUUGACUCUUUGCAAGCAGUUUCAAAAUGUCUGUAGGAUAUCUUCUGCGACAAAUGCAAAGCAAUGUACUGCUGCUUUCAGCAAAUACCAGGCCACUCUUUACAGGAAACAGUCUCCACUCGUCGCCCUGUCUCAAUUCAGUCCCUCCAGCUCUGUGGUUCUGUGUCGAGCGCUGCAUACCACCAUCAGCAGGAGGGGACUUGAAGAGUUCUUUGACCUUCCUGAGAACUGGGGAGAGGAAACGGUGAAGUCAGGUGCCCCAUGGACCGCCAAACAACUGAGAACAAAGAGCAAUGAAGAUCUACACUCACUUUGGUAUGUGCUGUUGAAAGAAAAGAACAUGUUGCUCACACUUGAGCAGGAAGCAAGAAGGCAAAGGGUUCAGAUGCCAAGUCCAGAAAGAAUGAGGAAGGUUGGUAUAACGCUCAAGU